UUGCAGUUGAGCAUCAGACAGUUCCCAGCUAUCUAACAAACACCACCCAUCUCCAACAUGAAGUUCCUCAUCGUCUUCGUCGCCCUCUUCGCCUUGGCCGUGGCCCGCCCCAACGAAGCCGGAAUUGUGAGGCAGGAUUCGGAUGUGCAGCCCGAUAAGUGGAGCUCCGUCCUGGAGACCAGCGACGGCACCAAGAUCGACCAGGAUGGUGUCCUGAAGGACGUUGGUACCGAGCACGAAGCCGCUGUCGUCCACGGAUCUUACUCCUGGGUGGAUGAGAAGACCGGCGAGAAGUUCACCGUCACCUACGUGGCCGAUGAGAACGGAUUCCAGCCCCAGGGAGCCCAUUUGCCCGUGGCCCCAACUGCUUAAGUUGUUCUCCAAUACGAUAAAAAUAUAAAAAAAUAAAUCAAAUAGCUUGAAAAUAAUUUUAA